CUCAAAUGCCGGCCGUACCCAAAUCUCAUCCCGAACCGCCCAGGCCAUACCCAUAUUUUAAUUUCCUGAAAUUCCAAAUCAGUGGGAACAUUGCGGAAGAGCUAGGGUUUAGACGGGAGAACUUUGUGAGGGGUUGUUUUCGUCACCUGCUGAGGAGGUUUGAAGGCCGCGAGUGGUUUUGAGAAGGAGAAAGCGCUCGACGGUUCAGGGUCGCGAGGGGUUUUGGAGCAGGAGAAAGCGCUCGAGGUUUCGUCCUAACCAUGGCAUAUAGGCUGCAGUUCGAGAAUUCGUGUGAUAUUGGGGUCUUCUCCAAGCUCACUAAUGCUUACUGCUUGGUCGCAAUCGGAGGAUCAGAAAACUUUUACAGCACAUUUGAAGAGGAGCUCGCAGAUGUUAUUCCAGUAAUUAAAACAUCCAUAGCUGGAACGCGGAUAGUUGGACGGCUUUGUGCUGGAAAUAAAAAGGGGCUCAUUUUGCCUCACACUACUACUGACCAAGAACUUCAACACCUGAGAAACAGUUUACCAGAUAGUGUUGUGGUUCAACGCGUUGAGGAGAAACUAUCUGCGUUGGGGAAUUGCAUUGCUUGCAAUGACCAUGUAGCUCUUAUACAUGCAGAGCUUGAUAAGGAAACCGAAGAGUUGAUCAGUGAUGUCCUUGGAGUUGAAGUUUUUAGGCAGACAGUAGCAGGAAAUAUACUUGUUGGCAGCUAUUGUGCGCUUUCGAACAGUGGUGGCUUGGUGCAUCCACACACAUCCAUUGAAGAUUUGGAUGAACUUUCAACUCUUGUCCAAGUUCCUCUGGUGGCUGGAUCUGUGAACCGUGGCAGUGAAGUGAUUGCUGCUGGGUUAACUGUGAACGACUGGGUGGCAUUUUGUGGCUCUGACACCACCGCAACAGAGUUGAAUGUCAUUACAAGUGUAUUCAAGUUGAGGGAGGGUGCACGUCCUGGUGCUAUCGUUGAUGAAAUGCGGAAAUCCCUGAUAGACAGCUAUAUAUAAAUUUCAUAAUUAUUGUCAUGUUUCACAACCAUGGUCACCCAUCAUUUCUGGAUAUUGUUCUGUUCUUUAUUUUCUAGCUGUGUUCAGUUUAUAUAGAGAUUGUGGCAUGGUGAAUCUUAAAAAAAAUACAUUGUUGGUUGCGUCUUUUUACAAUUCUUUGUACCAGCAAUGCUGCUUUUGUUGUGAAUGGAUACCUGAUGG